AAUUUCUAUGACCUACUUAUCUGCCUGACAUAUCCGCGCUUAGAGGACAUAACCGGUAUAAGACUGAUCUUGAUGCAUCUCAAUUGAAGCAUUGGAGCGUAUUCUGCUCCACUAUCUUACUCAUGGAUGUCAAAUUUCGGGCGUUCGAUGUGCCUACGAUUCUUUCGUCACUGAAAGAGAAUGUUGUGCCUUUCUUCUACACUUGGUAUGGCGCUGCUUUAUCAGUAUUUGUCUUAUUCAAUUUCAAGGCCUUGCCGUUUGUAUGGACAGCGCGAACAUAUUACCAUCUAAAUACCGCCUUUCGGAAUCAGCAAAAACGACUAGUUAAAUCCUCUGACGGAGGCAGGAGGAAAGUUGCUCUGGUUAGGAAAGAAAACGUGGGAGAUUCGAUCGAAAAGCACCCUUUAUUCAAGGCGGACAUUAUUAGCACCUAUGUACCGCUGUUGGAAAUCGACAUGAAUUUGCAUAAAUCGAACUCGACUUUUUUCACAGACCUUGACGUAUCUCGGAUCAAGUUAAUGGGGAGAAUAAUUGCGCCAGUUUGGCCAAUGGACGACAUGGAGGUUGAAUACAAAGGGCGAGAUGGAAAGGACAAAAAAGAAAAGAUAAAGGGUCGACCUGCUCUCAUUUUGGGAGCUACACAUACGUCUUUCAAACGCGAGCUUCGACCCUAUGCCUCCUACAAUGUCGAAUCACGAAUCCUAGGCUGGGAUUCUCGCUGGAUAUAUGUCGGAUCAUGGUUCCUUAGCAAAUCUACAUCCAAGAAGAAGGUGUAUGCUACCAGUUUGUCAAAGUAUAUCAUCAAGAAGGGGCGUAUAACGGUACGCCCAGAGCAGUUCUUCGUUGAAUGCGGGUGGAUUCCAGCUCAAGAGGCAGAUAAUAAUGAAAUGGAGAAAGUGGUAGACGGUGAGGCAGGAUGGUCAAGGCCAGAAGUUGAUGCCCACAAAGAGAAGGGAAUGCAGAUUGUCAAGACGUGGGGAGAGGCAAAUGUGUUAAUGGAGCAAGAAUACGAAGACUAAAUGAUGGACAUAGACUGUUACGAAAUGAUAUAUAGAGAAUCCUCGGCUGUUAUGGAGUAGGGCUUUUAGAGGCCUCUGACCAAACUGCCAUAUCAUUUCCGAUCCAGUCUUUAGUGAGG